AUGAAGUUCUCCAAUUUUCCCGACCUUUGCUGCUAUCCUUCCAUGCUGAAAAAACUGACGGCGUCAGGCGAGCUCAGAAAGCUUCAAAGGGGGUGGCAGGGUGUUGACUGUCAGCUUUGUGUCAUUGUUUUUGGGUUGGCAAUUUCAAGUAUGCUGAUGUUCAAUCAUAUUUGGGAUGAUGACCCCAAGGGACCAGUAUUUUUGGGGGGAUGGGAUGGAACCUCGGGGUGGUUGUUGCUUGGCACCAUAACCCAAAGCUGCACUGGGAUGAUCUCCAUGCAUCCAGGUGCCGCCGCAGAGAGUCCAAGGGCCAGCGACAAGGUGCAGAUCAAUGGUGUGGUCUGA